AUGAAUGGUGUCUUUGCCGAAGAACUCCAAAGACGAAGGGAGCACAUUGCAUCGAGCACGAAGCUGAACUCAGCCAUUGUUGUUUUGCUGAUAACGAACACGAUCAUCUUGGGAAUAGAGGUGGAUGACCAGAGGGCCGUCGCAGUCGAGAUGAAUGUUGGCUUCGUGCUGAUUGAAAUCUUUUUUGCGAGUGUCUUCAUCCUGGAAUGGCUUGUCCGACUUCACCAGCAGAGAUUCGAGUUCUUCCAUGACGGCUGGAACGUCUUUGAUUUUAGUCUCGUGCUAAUGGGUUUUGGUGACUUGAUGAUGACUCUCUUUCGCCCCGUGGCGGGUGUCCAGCUGGCAAAAGCAUUUCGCGUCUUUCGCGGCUUGCGGGUCGCGCGGAGUGUGAAAGGCGUCGCUGGCCUGGGAGGUCUUUGGUUCAUGAUCCAGGGCUUGCUGGACUCGUUCAAGGCGGUCACAUUUGUCGCAAGCAUCGCUGCGGUUGCAUUGUACAUCUUCGCGGUGUCUCUGACUUCGGUGGUGGCUACGGAUCCCAUCGUUCUGAACUUCUGGCCUACUGCGAAGUUCUACUUCGGGACUAUAGGCCAAUCCAUGAUGACAAUGCUACAGGUUGCUACGCUGGACAGGUGGGCUGGCUUGGUGGCUCGUCCACUGUUAGAGUUGUCUCCGCCUGCGGUCGUCCUUCUGAUUCUCGGGGUUGUUCUGCUCACCUUUGCCAUCUUCAACCUUCUGGUGGCGGUCAUGGUGAAGCAGAUCACCUCUUUAGCGUCGGAUAGCAAGGAGACCUCGGCGAGAAUGCUGAUCAACUCAGAAAGAUACAUCUUGCAUCGCCUGUUGAUCGAAUUCAACCGACACGACCAGGACAACACUGGCUAUCUCAGCCUGAGAGAGUUUAAGAAAAUGAUCAGGCAGAGUGAUGUGCAAGCCAAGCUGUCGAUGCUUGGCCUUCGCGUGGACGAAGCUGAAGAGCUGUUCACUGUGCUUGAUGCAGAUCAGAGCGGUGAGGUCAGUGCCGAAGAGUUGGUCGAUGGGAUCCAGCAGCUGAAGGGGCCUGCCACGGGCCAGGACAUGGUUCGACUCAUUAGCAUCGCGCUCCAUGAGAAUUGGCGUGCUGGAUGUUUUGUCGAGCGGCUGCGGCGAAUGAGCUACACAGCUGAUGAGAUCCAGGGUCGACUGAAUAUGAUGGGUCACCGGUUGUCAUCGGAGAUCUUCGAUGCCAAAAAUGCCGACUAUCGCCAUGACCUGCUUCACAAGCAGGCAGCAGACAGGGACAAGGUGAUCUACGAGAUGGACCAGUUUCGUUUCGCCAACUACCCAGAGAUCAUACCCAAGCCUGUGCCUGUGCCCAAGCAAGACCAGGAGCUGGAGCCAGACAACUUCCUGGAUAACUUCUUGGAAUGA